UUCAACUAAAGUAAAAAACAAAGAAACAAGAAAGAUGGAGAUGCUGCAUAUCAUGACUACUUCAGCCAUGUCCACAGCCCUCUUCCUCUCCUUCUUUACUUUUACACUCUUUUUCUCUGUCUUCUCAUUUCUCCUGUUCAUUUCUAGGAUCAAGCCAUGGUGUAAUUGUGAUACGUGUCGCACUUACCUUAAUAUUUCUUGGAUUGCUCAUUUUCCAAAUCUCUGCGACUGGUACACUCACCUUCUUCGUGCUUCACCUACCGGAACUAUCCACCUCCACGUCCUCAAUAACACUAUUACCUCCAAUCCUAAUAACGUUCAGCACAUUCUCAAAACCAAGUUCCAUAAUUAUCCUAAAGGCACACCUUUUUCUACUCUCCUUGGCGACCUUCUUGGCAACGGAAUCUUCAACUCCGAUGGCCAUUCCUGGCAAUUCCAGCGCAAGAUGGCCAGCCUCGAGCUCGGCAGCGUCGCCAUUCGCUCCUAUGCCCUCCAAAUCGUCAACCAAGAGAUCCAAACCAGGCUGAUUCCUCUCCUCCAAUCGGUUUCCAAUCAGCAAGAUAAAUUGUUGGACAUUCAAGAUAUUUUUAGAAGAUUUUCUUUUGACAUUAUUUGUAAAUUUUCAUUUGGAAUGGAUCCUGAGUGUCUCAUUUCUUCUUUGCCGGAAUCUAAACUGGCAGACAGCUUUGACCUUGCAUCUAAACUCUCCGCAGAGCGAGCAAUGUCACCGUCGCCGCUCAUAUGGAAGAUGAAACGAUUACUCAAUAUUGGUUCGGAGAAAAAACUGAAAGAAGCCAUUGGAAUAGUAGACAAUGUGGCCAUGGACAUCAUAAGACAGAGGAGAAGAGAGAUGAUGACUAUGGCGAGUUUAAACAAAUCGGAUUUACUGUCUAGAUUUAUGGAGACUAUUGAAGAUGACAAAUACCUGAGAGACAUAGUUAUCAGUUUCUUGCUGGCGGGUCGGGACACAAUCGCAGCAGCGUUGACUGGAUUUUUCAUUCUGCUUUCGAAGAACCCGCAUGUGGGGUCAACCAUCCGGCAGGAGCUGGAGCGGGUGAUGGAAGCGGAUCAGGAAUUGCCGACCUUUGAGCAAAUGAGGAGCAUGCAUUACCUGAAUGGAGCGCUUCACGAGAGCAUGAGGCUGUUCCCUCCGGUUCAGUUUGAUUCAAAGUAUGCUCAAGAAGAUGACGUCUUGCCAGAUGGCACUUUUGUCAGGAGAGGGAGUCGGGUCACUUACCACCCCUAUGCAAUGGGUCGGAUGGACACUAUUUGGGGCCCCGAUUCCGAUCAGUUUCGACCCGAAAGGUGGUUGAAUACAGAUGGUGUUUUUGUUCAGCAGUGUCCCUUUAAGUACCCGGUUUUUCAAGCCGGGGUGAGAGUCUGUUUGGGAAAAGACUUGGCCUUGAUGGAGAUCAAGUCCAUUGCCGCCGCCAUGCUCCGCCACUUUGAUGUCCGGGUUGUUGGGCCUAAUACGGAGCCCUGCUUCGCUCCAGGCCUUACUGCCACUGUGCGGGGCGGGUUGCCGGUUCAAGUUACCCAAAGGUGUUGAUCAUGAUGGUCAUGAGAUCCAAAAAAGAAAGCAUCGAUAUUAUUAUGGACUUAUUUAUAGAUACACAGAUUAUGUAUAUAAUUUCGCAAAUGAAUUAAUUAAUGGCAAGCCAGCUUUUUCUUUUUA